GCUCUAACAUCAGUGAACUGAUUCAUACUUGCACUCAAAUUCAACUUUAAUAUUUAAACAUGGUUACUUUUAUUUGUGCAAAAAUGGUUGAAAAAUAUAUGCUUUCACGUUGAUUACAGGUGGGCAAAUUUAUUUAUUUGACCAGUAUGAAAGUACGAAAGUUAUUGAAAGUAAACAGGAAGAAGGAACAGGACCAGUAAAAAGUAACCCACGAGUCUCAGUAGUGGUCCAUGGAAUUCGAACAACCGAGAGUACGUUCAUUCCUCUGCAAGUCGUACAUGUGACAGCACCCAAGUGUGUAGAGCGUAUUUGCAUUUAAUCCGCAUUGUAUUUGCAUGAUCAAUCAUAUUUGUUCAACUCGGAAGCAAUGGAUAAACAAUCAUUCGUAUUUUCGACGGUAGACGAUGAGAAUGGAAAGAAAUUGGACGAGAUGUUCCAAUUAACGCCCAGUUUUCUAAGAGUACAGCCUAGCCGUUGUUUAUUGCCGCCGAAGUUUAUUUUUUAUGCGCAAAAGAUACGCGAUUUCACAGUGUACGAAGACGACGUCUGGAUGGUCUCGUACCCUCGUACUGGCAGUCACUGGAUACAGGAAAUGGUAUGGUGUAUUGGACAUGAUUUUGAUUACGAAAAAGCUCGCACGCUUAUUCUCCUGCGAAGUCCUUUGCUCGAAGGUUCAGCUGUUAUGAUUAAUGGAGAUUAUGACGAGUGGUUUAAAAAACUGGGCGACAGCAUUGAAAACAUAACAAACAUGCCAAGACCGCGAUAUAUUAAAUCUCACUUACCGUGGGAUUUAUUACCAAAACAACUUCUCGAGAAGAAGCCUAAGGUGAUUUACGUCGCAAGAAAUCCAAAAGAUACCUGCGUCAGUUUUUACCAUUACUUAAGAAUGUUCCACGGCAUGAAAGGAAACUUCGACGACUUCGCAGAGUUAGUGCUACAAGAUAGUGCUCCGAUGAGCCCGUUUUGGGGAAAUGUCCUACCUUUUUGGAAGAUGAGAGAUCACGAUAACAUAUUAUUUUUGAAAUACGAAGAAAUGAAACGGGAUCAAAUAGCAGUGAUCAAGAGAGCAGCAGAGUUUCUGGGUAAGAGUGUGACUGAUGAGCAAAUCAAUGGAUUACGCGAACACCUGAAAUUUACAAAAAUGGCAACAAACCCAUCGAUGAACAUGGAAAUGUUACUAAACGGAAGUGCAUCAACAGAUGACCCGAAUUUCAAGUUUAUCAGAAAAGGCAAAAUUGGUGACUGGACAAAUUACAUGUCGGAAGAUCUUGCUCAACGAUUCGACGAAUGGACCGAAAAGCAUUUGUAUGGAACCGGUCUAAAAUUUGAUACAAAUAUUAUAGCUGAUGAAGAAUAAGUAAUUUCACAGUACUAUACUUUGAUUAACCAUUCUACUUUUAGGUUUAACACUUUUGUGUGCAAAAUAACUUUGUU